AUGUCGGACCGUGAUCAUCUGCAGCAGCCGGUUGAGCGAGUUGCCGACCAAUUAGAGGUUCCUUCGUUAGACGACCGGGCAUACCGCGUUAUACGUUUGCCGAACCAACUAGAGGCGCUGUUAGUCCACGACCCCGAUACGGACAAGGCCAGUGCCGCUCUCGACGUUAAUGUUGGCAACUUUAGCGACGAGGAUGACAUGCCAGGCAUGGCUCAUGCCGUGGAACAUCUUCUUUUCAUGGGUACGAAAAAGUAUCCGGUAGAGAACGCAUACAACGUAUAUCUCUCUUCGCAUUCGGGAAGCUCGAAUGCUUACACCGGUGCAACUUCGACCAACUAUUUCUUCGAUAUUGCCGCUAAACCCAGCAAUGGUGAGGAACCUUCUGCGACGAAUUUAUCCCCCCUGUAUGGUGGCCUGGAUCGGUUCGCUCAGUUCUUCAUCGAACCCCUGUUCCUAUCGUCGACUCUGGAUCGCGAAUUACGCGCCGUAGACUCCGAAAACAAGAAGAAUUUGCAGAGUGAUCAAUGGCGCCUCCACCAGCUAGAGAAGUCCCUAUCUAACUCCAAGCACCCUUACUGCCACUUUUCGACAGGCAAUUUUGAGGUCCUGAAAACGGAGCCCGAAGCGAAGGGCAUAGAUGUACGACAAAAGUUCAUCGACUUCCACGAGAAGCAUUACUCGGCCAACCGAAUGAAGUUGUGUGUCUUGGGUCGGGAACCCCUCGAUGUUCUUGAGAAAUGGGUAGCCGAGCUCUUCUCCGGUGUGCCGAACAAGGAUCUUCCGCAGAAUCGUUGGGAGACCGAAGUGCCAUAUACCAAAGAACUUCUGGCUAUGCAAUGUUUUGCAAAGCCAGUGAUGGAUUCCAGAGAGUUGAAUCUCUAUUUUCCAUUCCUCGAUGAGGAAUUCCUUUUGGAGACGCAGCCGAGCCGGUACAUUAGCCAUCUCAUAGGCCACGAGGGCCCUGGAAGCAUAAUGGCAUACUUGAAAUCCAAAGGAUGGGCCAAUUCACUGAGCGCCGGUGCCUACCAAGUAUGCCCGGGUACCCCCGGAAUCUUUGACUGCCAAAUCAGGCUAACAAAAGAGGGGUUAAAACAUUACAAAGAAGUUGUUAAGGCAUUCUUCCAAUAUGUAUCACUCCUCAGGCAAACACCACCCCAAGAAUGGAUAUUCGAUGAGCAAAAGGGUAUGGCAGAUGUUGAUUUCAAGUUUAAGCAAAAGACACCGGCUAGUCGCUUUACCAGCAAGAUCUGCGCUUUGAUGCAAAGACCGUUGCCACGAGAGUGGUUGCUUAGCGUACACCGUCUACGGAAAUUUGAUCCGGAAGCUAUCAUUAAGGGGGUACAGCUCUUACGGCCUGACAAUUUCAGAAUGACCAUAGUGUCCCGGGACUUUCCGGGAGAUUGGGAUCAGAAGGAGAAGUGGUAUGGUACUGAAUAUAAGUCCGAGAAGAUACCCGAAGAGUUUCUAGCCGAGAUUUCUAAGGCUUUGAAUUGUACUGCAGCGGACCGACUUCCCGCUCUGCAUCUUCCUCAUAGAAAUCAGUUCAUCCCGACCAAACUUGAGGUCGAGAAGAAGGAGGUCGAGCGACCAACUUUGGCACCUCGAGUAAUCCGCAACGACGAAGUAGCGCGGACGUGGUAUAAGAAGGAUGACACCUUCUGGGUUCCCAAGGCGAAUCUGAUUGUGAGCAUCAAGAACCCGAGUAUCUUCGCCUCGGCAGAGAAUUCUGUCAAGUCGAAGUUAUUCACGGAUCUUGUACGAGAUGCCCUAGAAGAAUAUUCAUACGAUGCCGAACUUGCCGGGUUACAAUACAACGUCAGCCUUGAUUCCCGAGGCUUGUUCAUUGAGGUGUCUGGAUACAACGAUAAACUGCCCGUAUUACUGGAGCAGGUUCUCAUCACGAUGCGAGAUCUCGAGGUCAAAGAUGAGCGAUUUGAGAUUAUCAAGGAGAGAUUGACUCGUGGCUAUAAGAAUUGCGAAUUGCAACAACCUUUUACGCAAAUCGGCGACUACGUCUCAUGGCUCACGUCAGAGCAUGAUUAUGUCGUUGAACAGUUGGUAGCCGAGUUGCCCGGGAUCACGGCCGAUGCUGUAAGGCAAUUUCACAAACAGACCAUGUCACAGCUCCACAUCGAGGCUUACGUACAUGGAAAUGUGUACAAAGAGGACGCGUUGAAGUUGACGGAUAUGAUUGAAAAGAUACUGAAACCCCGGAUCCUAGCAAAGGAGGAAUGGCCGAUCAUUCGAUCGCUAGAUUUUCCGGCAGGGUCGAACUUUCUCUUCCAGAAAACCCUGAGGGAUCCUGCGAAUGUCAACCACUGCAUCGAGUACUAUCUCCACAUUGGAGAUAAAGGGGAUCGUAUGGUCCGCGCAAAGACACAACUUCUCGACCAGAUCAUCCAUGAGCCAGCAUUCGAUCAGUUACGAACCAAGGAGCAGCUCGGUUACGUGGUCUUCAGCGGUUUGCGUAGUUCAGCAACGACUUACGGGUUUCGCUUCAUAAUACAAAGCGAGCGUACCUCAGAGUAUUUGGAAUCUCGUAUCGACUCCUUCUUGAUUACUCAAACCACGUCCCUUGAGAAUAUGAGCGAUGCAGACUUCGAAAGUCACAAGCGAAGUGUAAUAAUUAAGCGCCUUGAGAAAUUAAAGAACUUGGACCAAGAAACAGGGCGGCACUGGGCCCAAAUCAACAAUGAAUACUACGACUUUGAAGCAGCCCAGCGAGAUGCAGCCCAGGUAAAGCAACUUACAAAAGCGGAGAUGGUUGAGUUUUAUUCGACAUACAUAAACCCAACCUCGCCAACGCGCGCAAAGUUAGUGGUACAGCUUAUCGCGCAAGGCAUUGGCCCUAAAUUAAAGGAGGCCGAAGAGUCGAGCAAUGAAGAUACGACUAUCAGCUGGUCAAAUGGUACAGAACCGCUCUUGAUUCGGAACGUGCGAGACUACAAGGCGAGACUCUCGGUGACAGCGGGAGCACGUCCGAUCAGAGAUCUCAUCCGCACGGAACUCGGAUAUUCCAUUCAAAGCUGCGAAACGCAGCUCGCCGUCAAAACGUCUUCCUCAAAGAAAAGGAAGAUUUCAACUCGCCAAUCCGCCACUACAGAAGAGAGCUUAGGCAGCACUAGUUCUCCUGAUACACCACUACAAUCCUGCGAACAACUUGAAGACACCGACCCAAGUUUUUCCUUCUCGCUCUCGUCCGAAAACCCCGUUACUGCCUCAUACCGCGCCGAUUCUAUCCCUCCAGCCUCGAGCCUUCCACCACGAUUGCAGACUUCCACAAACUCUUGGAACAAUUCUUCCGAAUACGCCUCGUCCGCUGCGAGUUCUCCAUCAGGUGCAUACGCUGAUCUCACCAUCCACAGCGAUCGUGGUGCUGAUACACCGGGACCCGAUCCCAGCUCUGCCGCUUCUAGCUUGUAUCCUCCCUGCAGAGCCAGUUCGCCUUUCACUAAAACGACCCUCCACCGUGGUGUUAUGGGCGGCGCGGCCGAAUUCCCCGAGAGAGCUUCGUCCCCGUUGAAACGACGUGCCUCCAGUAUGGAACCCGACGUGGUAGAUCAAGAUGCUGCUGAGGAUGUCGAUAUGAUUACAGCACCGACGUCUGAUACUCUGGAAACGUCUAAACCCGAACAACCUACUAAAGGAACAGAGACGGGUUCGCCUCCUACUACCGACGGCCAAGAAACUACAAUAACAGAGGAAGGCAUGAACUCGAUGGACAUAUCAACACCACCAGCUCGUCAACUACCGGCAUCGAUAGAGGCACAUGUGAAAGCCAUUAGAACAUUCGUCGACGAACAGAACACCCACCCACUCACGGAAGGGCAGCAGUGCUUCCUGGUCUCUAAACUUUGGUUGAAGAAUGUGCCGGACGACGUAUCUCCAAAACACAAUGUCGAGGACUGGUCUUCAAUACCGCCGGUAGAUAACUCGGACAUCAUCUUAGAGGUCAUAGAUGACCCUUGUGUCGGCGAGGGUGUGGACAUUCUCAAAAGGAAGUUUGUUCGAUUGAAGAAAGGUUACGAUACAGAGCAAUUCGAGGCGUUCCCUCCAAGCGCCUGGGAUUUGCUUACAGAAUGGCCCGGGUUGAAAGACGACCAAUUGCCUAUUCUUCGUUCGGCUCAUGCUACCAAGGAGGACGGGACAAAUAUCCAAUUUGAGUGGCAUCCGCCCGUGCUGAGCAUUUAUCGACUUUGGUCUGCGAUUAGCGAGCUACCUAUUGACGCCGCCAUGAAGAGUAGAAACCCACCACCUGGGACCCUUGUCCGCAGUCGUGCGACGAAGUUCCAGGCCUUCUUAAAACAGGCAAAAAGAGUGGUGGGAAUAGACCUAAGCCAGAGGGUUCGAGCCUGGAGUGUCCUGCAACCACCAAUUGAGCAGAAUUCUCAAAGUGCGAUACCAAGCCCGCCUGACUCCGGGGACGGCUCGGAAUCUACGUCUCAGCCGUGGAAACACCUCCUGCUAGAUGUCGAAUCGUUCUUGGCUCUCGAGAAAGGAUCAGAGAGAGAACUCAUUGACUUUAGCGACCUCACCAACGCUAAUGCGAAGUCAUCCAAAAUGCUGAGCUACUUCGCCAUAACACAAGAUCAGGCCAUUGUUCUAGAUCCUCAUGAAAGUGGCACCAACUGGACGUCUACUCUCGUCUCCUCCCAGGCUCGAACAUCCGCUGCUUCGUUACCUUCUAGAAACAGUUCCACUAGUCUAGCUGUCCAGAACCGCAAUGCUAGAAGCGGUCGAACCAGUCCUUCCGGUCCUUUGACGCGUGGUAGGUCGCAGAAAUCUGGUCGGGUUGCUGGGUGUGUUGGACUAGCCAAUCUAGGCAACUCAUGUUACAUGAACGCUGCCCUUCAGUGCGUGAGAGCUGUUGAGGAAUUGACCAAGUAUUUCCUAGCAGACGAAUGGGAAAAGGAACUCAACAAGGACAACGUUCUCUCUCACAACGGCGACGUAGCUGCAGCGUAUGCAUACCUGCUGAAGGAGAUAUAUAAAGACUCUUCGCCCGGUUCCGUUUCGCCCCGCCAAUUCAAGAACACGAUCGGUCGUUACUCUGUGGGGUUUUCUGGCUAUGGUCAGCAAGAUUCCCAGGAGUUUCUUGGUUUCUUGCUCGAUGGUUUACAGGAGGAUCUUAGUCGGGUCAAGAAGAAGCCUUAUAUCGAGAAGCCUGAUUCUACCGACGAGAUGAUCAACAAUCCUGAUGCUAUUCGGCAAUUGGCCGAGAAGGUAUGGGAUAUCACCAAGAAACGUGAUGAUUCCGUGAUUGCGGACCUUUUUACUGGCUUGUACAAGUCAACAUUGGUUUGCCCGGAAUGUCAGAAGGUUAGCAUCACCUUUGAUCCAUUCAACAAUUUAACCUUGCCUCUACCGGUAGAAAAUAAGUGGAAUCACACUGUCAAAUAUUUUCCGCUGAAUGGCCGACCGAUUAAUAUCAGAGUCGAGCUUGACAAGCACGCUAGCAUUAAGUCUCUCAAAGAGUUCUUAUCUAGCAAAACAGGAGUACCGGCUGAGCGCAUAUUCGGUGCAGAGGAGUGGAAGAAUAAAUUCUACAAAAUUUAUGCCGACCUCGCCUGUGCCUCGGAAGAGAUUUCUACUAAUGACAAUGCAAAUUUCUACGAGCUAGAGGCUAAACCCACUAACUAUGGCUCCAAGCCUCAAAAACAACAGAAAUUAGGUGUAGCAGUUCGAUCUAUGGUUGACGAAGAGGAGCACAAUGCCUCGGCCCUAUGGGACGACGCACAAGCUGAGAGACUACUUAUCCCCGUCUUCCACCGUCGGCCAGUGACCGGGAAGCCAAGCUUCCACUCCCAUAAAUGGAAAUACGUUUGCGUUCCCCACUUCAUCACUGUGACGCCCGAAGAAGCCCGAAGCGAGGAUGCUAUCUAUCGCAAGGUCUUAGAAAAGAUCGCGACGCUCUCAAAGCACCCCUCGUUCCUGCGAGCUGAGGAAUCUGACAGCUCUGAUGGCACUGAUCCCGAGAUCGUAAGGGUAGGUGAUUCUGAUGCCGGUUCCUCAAAUGAGGGUAGGGUCAUCGCCCAGUCUGUGAAAGGGGAGGACGACAUAGUUGACAUCCAGAUGAACGAUGCCAAUGAUAUCAAGGCCAACGCCACCCCCAAGCCGCUGUUUUGCCACAAGAGGCCUUCUUGGGUAGACCCUGGGAAAUUUCUCCCUUCGGAAUUCCAGAAUCUGUUUGAAAUGUGUAUCUACUCAGAAGCUGGUUCCUGGUUACCGACCGGUAUGAACGGCCUUGGUGAGGAUAAGGACUACCCAAGGCUCUCACUCAGAAAUCCACCCGAGUCCCCGUCAUCAGAAGACCAAUUCGACCGUGCUACCAACGGUACAGCCUCGAACGAGGAAUCCAGUUCUGACGAAGCACCGCAUCGAUCUACGGGACAUUCUCUUACACGUAUGAAUGACGAAAGUGACGAUGACAGCAACCCAGUCACAAAGAAAGGCGGUAAGAAGAAGCAACGACAACAGCAACGUCAGCAUAAAGAGAGGCAGCAGAGCCUAGAAAUCGAGGAUUCCUUCGGUACAAACGAGAUCGGUCCCGACGGUGGUCCUCUAAUCCGUCUAAGGGAAGCGAUAGUAGUCAAUUGGUCCGACUCCGCUUACGAGAUGUUCUUCGAAGGCAACGGAUUUUCCAGUGAUAGCUCCCUCGAAGCGUGGGAAGGAUGCGAUACCCUGCCUGAUCCUGAGCUGGAUAGGGCUCAGGCGGCUCGGACCAAACGCAAGAAGCAUGGCAUUUCUCUUGAGGCAUGUCUCGAUGAAUUUGAACGAGAGGAGAUCUUAUCCGAGCAGGACAUGUGGUAUUGUCCCCGUUGCAAAGAACACCGUCGAGCCAGCAAGAAAUUUGAUCUUUGGAAGACGCCAGACAUCCUAAUCAUCCACCUGAAGAGGUUUAGUUCUAGCGGAUUCCGGAGAGACAAGCUAGAGCUGUUGGUAGAUUUCCCUGUUGAGAAUCUAGACAUCACUUCUCGCGUUCUCCAAAAGGAAGACGGGAAGCAGGAAGUCUACGACCUCAUAGGAGUCGACAACCAUUGGGGCGGCUUAGGUGGUGGCCACUAUACGGCUUUUGCGAAGAACUUCGUAGACGGCCAAUGGUAUUCAUACAAUGACGCGUCAGUGAGUCGUACUUCCACUGAUAGGAUUGUGGAUUCGUCUGCAUACUUGCUGUUCUAUCGUCGGCGAUCUGAAAUACCCUUGGGUGGUCCUCGUUUCCAACAGAUCCUGGAUAGAUUUGUAGAAGAUGCCUCUGAUAACGAACUCCCGGAUUCGGGGGAAGAUCGAGGUCUCGACGAAGGCUUCUCCCCGAAUGGGUCGUCGAGCGCCUCAAAAGGAGCAGGAGCUACUCACCCGCACGAUAAUGCCAAUGAUACGAAUGAUGACUGGGCUCACGGAGAGAGCAGGACCAUCGAUAACGUUAUAGAUCCCAAAUUACGUGGUGUCCACCCAAGCAUUGAAGAAGAUGAAGCUAUCGACCUAACAGAGGAUAUGGCACGACCGACGAGUUAUCAACCUCUCGUGGGAGGAAAUUGGAGCUUCGACAAUCUCCUAAGCAAUGAGGACACAGUCCCUCCCAGGGAUAGUUCUUUCGACUCAGCUCAUCCUAGGGAUAGUUCUUUUGACUCCGAUAUGGCCUCGGACGAGGCGCAGCACAAUUCGUCCUGUGACGAGGAAGGAGUGAUCUGGGACCAGAAGCACACGGUCCAUAACGUUCCCCCCGAAGGCGAGGUUGAACAACGAUCUGAAGCUGCCGCCGAAAUCCACCUAGACGAAGACGAUAAGAUCAAACUAAGUUAG